CGCGCGUCCACGUCAUUGAUACCAAAUCUCGGAACAUGGCCGAUCAAGAAUAUAGUCUUGAGCUGCCGCGCAUAUUGUGCCUACACGGUGGUGGCACCAAUGCGCGCAUCUUCCAGGCCCAAUGCCGUGUUCUUGAACGCAGACUCGCGCCUCAUUUCCGCCUGGUAUACGCUGAAGCGCCCUACGAGUGCCAGCCUGGCCCAGAUGUUGUUUCGGUAUAUGCAGAAUAUGGACCAUUUAAGCGCUGGCUAAGGUGGCUUCCAGAUCAUUCCGAGUUAGACAAUGAAACAGCAGUAAACGAUAUCAUGCGAAAUAUCAAAGCGGCCAUGGAUGCCGAUGAUAAACUUGGUGCAAACGGUCCAUGGGUUGGAUUACUAGGAUUCAGCCAAGGGGCAAAAAUGGCAGCGAGCUUGCUUUUCAAGCAGCAAAAGCGUGUCGAGAAAUUUGGUGAAGCAAAAGCAGGAUCGACAUGGAAAUUCGCCGUUUUGCUGGCUGGACGAGCGCCGCUGGUUUCUCUGGAUCCCGAAACAUUCAGAUCGUCCAUGCUGAGUGAUCCUUCGCAGAUCGGACUUACCCGAAUUCCCGAUCUGAUGGAUGCUGCAGGCGAGGACCACCUCCUCAAACUUCCGUCAAUUCAUGUACACGGACUUUACGACCCGGGUUUACAACUCCACCGCGAUUUAUUGAAUGAUUACUGCGACGCCGAUGCAGUCAGAGUCGUGGAGUGGGACGGUGCUCAUAGAGUCCCUCUCAAAACAACAGAUGUCAAUCCUGUGAUUGAUCACAUCCUGGAAAUUGCGAAAGAGACCCACGCAUUAUAACAGAGAUAAUCAGUGAUGCACUGGGGAACCAUGAUGGCGACAAUGCGCAGCACUGCUGCGCGCUCAUUAGUGGAGGACAAUUUUAUUGCCAACCGCAUGAAAGAUUUAGACUAUGUAGGAAUAGACCAUUAGAGAGAGGCGACAAGAUCGAUAAAUAUAUGCUUCUAUAACCCGUCUUCCGGCGCGU